AUGGCGACUUCGUUCUUUGGCCGCAACGAGCCUGAGGGCCGUCGGCUUGGUUCCGACUUUUCUCUGGUUGCCAAAUGGGGAGAAUCAUAUUUCCAGCGCAUUUCUUCCCUCGCAGUUCCCGUCGCUCGACUUUCGCCAGCCGAUCAAGAAACCCUUUUCUCAAACACAACAUGCGAGUUCCGCAUCUGCGAACAGCCCGAUAUGACUGUCAAACUCGAGACUGUUCCUCACUCACAGGUCUUGGAGCCCCCUAACUGGGACGAUUUCCGGAAGACCGCCGAUCCUGAAGUGGUGGCCAUGAUGUCCCACCCCAAGUACGCCGAGCUCGUACGCAAGCAUGAAGAGAUGGACAAGCUUGUGGAAGACUCUGAGCCUGAAGCCGCACGCAUCUACUGGGCUUUCCGCAACAAGGCUGGGAAUGCGGGCUGCGACCGCGAGGCCGCCGACGCAUACGCCCAGCAGGCCGCUAACGACUACAUCACCCAGGCCGGCCAUUCCCUCAUGCGGAAGAGGAAGGAACAGAGACGGGCCAGUCAGCGUCAGAGCGCACUAUCCCUCAAGGCCACCAAGCAGUCUGAGAGAACUGCGAGAUACCCGAAGAGUGUCGAUGAGAUUGAAGCUGCCAUCAUUCAGGCAAUCAAGGAAUCCAAACACAAUCCUGCGACACCGGCCGCGCGCAAGAAAGAUCUCAAGAUCGAUCCGCGAGCCGCACCAACUGGCAAAGACGAAAGAUCCCCCACUCCUACGACGAGCCCUCUACAUGGCAGUGACACUUCCGCUCGCUCCGCUCGCUCCGCUUUAUCAGAUAGCCCACCAUCAUCCCACUCGACUCCUUCGCCUACCCUUCUCCCGAAACCCGCCAUUACCAUUUUGAAGAGACCUCAGCCGAGAUCUAAUACCAAAGUCGGGAACAGCAGCGGUAACACUGCAUCACCCACACCAUUUGCUUCGAUCAAUACACCCAAGUCCGCACCUCUGCCAUCCAUGGGAAGCGUAGCUGGAUUUACUUACAUGAACCCCAACGGACCCUUCAUUGGAACGCCGCCGAUGUAUAGUCCCGGUAACCUGGUUCCUCUUGCUAGUCCUUACCCAUAUCCAUUCGUUUACGCUGGAAAUGUCCAUUACGGGCCUGUUGUCAAUGGCCACGUGAUGGCCAACUACACCUUACCGUGGACGUCACCUGCCACUCCCAUCGCUGCCAACCUCGAUGAAAAUCGCACCGCUAGUCCGAGGACUGCGUCCAAACAACUCAAUGGUUCAGGCAAGGCAGCGGUUGAGACCAUACUUCCACGCCCAGAGAAUCAGUAUCAGGUGGCCAAGUCCCAGCCGUAUAGUAACAUCACUUGUUACGAGGUGAAACAUCCUUUCCCCGGCACUGGUGACAUUCUCCCGGCUUACUGGACAACCAAGGAAGACAAGGCUUGUCUUCUCUUCGAUAAGCUCGCUGGUUUGAGGACCAAAGAUAAGAAGGUUCAGAAGGAGUAUACGUCUGGAACGAACGCAGGUCCAUCGAAUACAAUUCAUGUCUUUGUCGAUCUUUCCAACAUCGUCAUCGGUUUCUACGACACCAUGAAGAAGAGCCGUGGCUUCUCGCCACAAAAGCGGCUUAAGGUGCCAUUCUCGUUCAAGAACUUCGAUACCAUCCUCACUCGUGGCCGAAAGGUUGAGAAGAGGGUCGUUGCAGGUUCUGUGAGCAAUCACAGCUACAGGCGUCCAGAUUACAUGACUGAAGCUGCGGAGCUCAAGUACGAGAUGUGCAUCCUCUCACGCGUGGCGAAGCCAUUUUCUUCGGAUGCUAGCAAGAAAUCCAAGAAAUAUAGUCGCCGCUCUGAAGGCUCAGGCGAUGGCCUUGAAUCGCGCACUGAACAGUGUGUUGAUGAGCUACUCCACCUGAAGAUCCUGCAGAGCGCUCUGGAUGUUCCGAACCCCGGCACCAUGGUUCUUGCUACAGGAGAUGCUGCGUGCGCCGAGUACUCGGAUGGUUUCAAAAAGAACACUGAGCGGGCACUGGCUCGCGGCUGGAGAAUCGAGCUUUACGGCUGGAAAGACAACAUCGCGAGGGAUUGGCGGGACCCGGAGUUCACCUCCAGAUGGGGUUCUCGAUUUAGGAUCAUCGAGCUUGACGACUUCUGUGAAGAGCUUUUGGACCUCACCGUCAAGUCGUUGGGCAAGUCACAGUAA